CCGCGACACACAGGGAAGGGAAGGGACCGCACCCGUCGUUUCCGGUCGCGCUCGCGUAGCCCGCGAUCAAUCCGCGCCCCGCGAUCUACUCCUGCUCCGCUGCCCGCGUACGUACGUUCGCGCCGUCGUGGUCCUCGCGGCCUUGCCUUUCCCACCCCACCCACCCGGGCUCCCCACCUCGCCCGCCUCUCCUUGCCCCUCAUCCGCCAGUUACCGCUGUUACUCGCAGGCCCGUGCCACCGCCUCCCCGAUAUUCCCCGGCGGUUUCGGUGACCCGGUGAGACCGCGCGGGUACCGCUAGUUACCCGCGGUCACUUCUCGCGCAAAUGCCGCGGUGAGGGAGCGGCGAAGGGCACAUGCUCCGCGCCGCGUCACGUGCCCGCGGCCUGCUCGACGGAACUCCCCACCGGGCCGCCCCGCGCUGGAACCCAGCCACCGCUGGCUUUAGGGCGUACAGCCGCGGCGCGGAGGAUGCGGUCGCGGGGUACGCGGGCAUGCUGGCCCGCGGCGUCAGGCCCGACGCGUACACGUUCCCGUCCUUGCUCAAGGCGGUCGCGCGGGGCGGCGCUUCGGGGCCGCUCGGCGGCGCCGUCCACGCGCACGUGGUUAAGUCCGGGCUGGAGCGCAACGCCCAUGUGGCGAGCUCGUUGAUCCUUCUCUACGCGGCCAGGGGUGACGGCGCGGCGGCGCGCGUGCUGCUGGACGCGUGCGCCGUGGGAGGGGGUGCGCCUGUCGCGUGGAACGCGUUCAUCUCUGGUCAUAACAGAGUUAAGCGGUUCGUGCAGUCGUGCUGCUCGUUUGUGGACAUGGUGAGGGCCGGUGUCAUGCCCACGGCGGUCACGUACGUCUCGGUGCUGUCAGCUUGCGGGAAGGUCACAGAUGUGCUGCUUGGGAUGCAGGUGCACAAGCGUGUUGUGGAGAGUGGGGUGUUGCCGGACCUGGCAGUGGAGAACGCUCUGGUUGAUAUGUAUGCUGAGUGCACUGACAUGGACACGGCUUUGAAGAUAUUUGACGGCAUGCAACUGAGGAAUGUGGUGUCCUGGACGUCGGUGAUCUCUGGGUUGGUGAGAUUAGGCCAGGUUGAUGGAGCCAGAGCCCUUUUCGAUCGAAUGCCUGAGAGAGACACUGUCUCAUGGACUGCAAUGAUCGUUGGUUGUGUACAGUCUGCCCGCUUCAGGGAGGCACUGGAAACGUUCCGUGAGAUGCAGUAUAGCAAUGUGAGGGCAGAUGAGUUCACCAUGGUGAGUGUGAUCACAGCUUGCGCGCAGCUAGGUGCCUUGGAGAUGGGAGAGUGGACAAGGAUUUACAUGAGCAGGCAUGGGAUCAAGGUGGAUGUUUUCAUCGGCAAUGCACUCAUAGACAUGUAUUCUAAGUGUGGAAUCGUUGAACGAGCAUUUCAUGUAUUCAAAGAGAUGCGCAUCAGAGAUAAGUUUACUUGGACUACUAUGAUACUUGGUCUCGCAGUGAAUGGUUAUGGGGAAGAGGCCAUUGAUAUGUUCCACAGAAUGAUUAAGGUUUUGGAAGCUCCAGAUGAGGUGACCUUCAUUGGUGUUCUCACAGCCUGCACGCACGCUGGCUUGGUUGACAAAGGACGAGAGUUCUUUCUCAGCAUGAUUGAGACCUAUAAGAUUACCCCUAGUUUGAUGCAUUAUGGAUGCAUGAUUGAUCUCCUAGGCCGAUCUGGGAAACUUGCAGAAGCAUUGACGACAAUAGGUCAAAUGCCAAUGACACCCAACUCCACUAUUUGGGGGACCUUGCUGGCAGCUUGUAGGGUUCAUGGCAACUCAGAGAUAGGUGAAUUGGCAGCAGAGCGCCUCCUUGAGCUGGAUCCAGAGAACAGCAUGGCGUACAUCCUUUUGUCAAACAUGUAUGCAAAGUCUAGUAGAUGGGGAGAUGUCCGGCGACUUAGGCAGGCAAUUAUGGAGAAAGGAAUAAAGAAAGAACCUGGUUGCAGUCUGAUUGAAAUGAAUGGCAUGAUUCAUGAAUUUGUAGCUGGUGAUAGAUCUCAUCUUAUGAGCAAAGAAAUCUACUCCAAGUUGGAUAAGAUGCUCACUGAUUUGAGGGGUGCUGGGUAUGUUCCUGAUGUAACUGAGGUCUUUGUUGAAGUCGGGGAAGAGGAAAAACAGAAGGUUGUUUACUGGCACAGUGAGAAAUUGGCAAUUGCUUUUGCUCUACUCAGUUCAGAAUCUAAUGUGGCGAUAAGGAUUGUGAAAAAUCUGAGGAUGUGUUUGGAUUGCCAUAAUGCAAUAAAAUUGAUAUCCAAGUUGUAUGGAAGGGAGGUCAUUGUGAGGGACAGGACACGCUUCCAUCAUUUUAGACAUGGAUUCUGUUCUUGUAAAGACUAUUGGUAAGUCUUAUACAUCAGUCACAUAUGACAACUGAAUAUCUGUAGUGUCAGCUCUGAGCGAUCACCUGAUGGCCAGCAAAUCACUCGAAAUGUAGUAUUUACUGUGCUGUUCAGGAAGUGAAGUUAGAAGUGAGACAGUAUUAUUAAUCCAGUGAAGCCUUCAUGUUAUGUUCUGUUUGAGCUAAUCUCCUUGCACCUUGAUGCAAUCACUGGGUGAUUGUUCUUCUGGGGCAGCAUUUAAUCAAAGAAAGCUUUGCAGAUAUUUUUAUUGAAGAAAUACUUCUGUAACAUUGGGUGUGAAGACGAUUUUUAUUGGCAUAAGUAUCAAGCGAUUGGGUAAGUAAUUGAUGGCAUCUUGUGGAGAUCUACAGUUUGGGCCUUUGCAAAACCAGGUAUGUUGUAUUUCCUUAGUCUGAGGCUUUCAUAUGUUUGAUCAUGUUCGCUUGGUUGCUAUCUGAAACUAUAAUGAACUUGAAACGUAUAGGUACUUUGCACAUAGGAUAUUUGAACAUGAGGCUCUAUUCAAAUUUGCUCGGUACAUGUUGUCAUAUCUCAAGAAACAGACCAUUUCUAUAUGCUUUUAUGUCAUGGCGAAUUUGCGAGCAAAGAUAUGUGUAGAUAGUGCCCACAGUCGCUAGGUAAAUAUACUUAUAUCUAUGAAAUACUUUAAAAUACUAAACUGCAUACUUACCAUUAUUUGGCUAUUUGAAGAGAACAAACAACACAUUCAAACAACGGAUUUGUUCAGGUUAGUCUUUUCGUCUGAUCCUAGAAUCUUGUGUUUUUCACGUUGUCAUACUAUUAGAUUGAAGUUAAGCUUCUAAUUCUUGUGUGGUUUAUGCUGAACUUCCUUCACUUUUAUCCCCUUCCUUCGGAUCAUCCACCUCUACUAAUCUCUUACUUUGAGCAGCUGUCUUUGUAUCACGCAUCCAUUUUACUUCAUGUUUUCUCCCCUUCUGAAUCUUAUCAUCUUUGCUGAGGUUCACUCUUCAUUUAAUUAUCUUUGUGAUGCCAAUAUUGAUCACCAAUCUUGUGCAGAACUCCUAUAACAGAGUCACCUAUAGACUAGUUAGCCCCUCAUUAUAAGCCUCCCCCCGGAUCUUCAGGAUCAAUAACCGCUCUAAAAUAUAUUGAGCUCUUUGUUUCUGAAGUCAUGUUCUUCGAUAAUGAUCUCCACUGGUACAUUUCUCUCAUGUUCUUUGGUAAUGAUCUCCGCUGGUAC